AUGGCUUUUCUAAAAAAAAACACAGAAAAAACCCAGCAGAAUGUUAAAGCAACUGCUGCUGCAGCCACUAUUUGUGUGAAAAAAAGGAACUAUAGCAAAUACAAGUGUGUCUGCUUGAUAUGUGCAACUAACAAGCAAUUGAAAAACAAAUCAAUUGCUAUCCUUUCCAGAGGAGGAUCUCAUUUUAUUGAAAGGCAUAGAAAACGAAAUCACCCAAAAUUAGUUAUUGAAGAAAUGAAAGAGAAAAUUGUGCCUUUUGAACAUGCUUUGGUCCAAACAGAAAUCCGAAAAUUAAGUUCAACUGCCUCUCUACCUAGAAGAAAACCAAACAUCACAAGUGCUGAUACAGAUGUAAGUGGUAUGACAACAUCUAAGGCCAAAAAAAUAUGUGGGUUUCCGGUUUCUUCUUAUAAAAACUUAGGUAGGGUAGGUCGGUUUUAACUUUUUUUUUAAACUUUUUUUUUUAAUUUUCCGAAUAAGCGGACACCAUUUUGUUUAGUCAGUGCUUCCACAUCCAAAGAUAAAUUUCCCUAAUAUUGCCUCAAAUUUCAAUUUUCCACAAACUUUUUCCUCUAAGUGGAAACACUUACAAGCAUGAUCCAAUAAAAAAGUUUAGGGUCGGGAUUUCGACGUCCAAAAGCUAGGUAGGGUCGGGAAACCGGAAACCCUAUCUUAAGUAGGCCUAUCUUAAGUACUUCCCGUUCCCGAGAAACUGGUACACAAAAUCAAACAGUUACUCCUGUAAUUAAUGAUGUCACACUAGGUAAGAUCUUAUUUCUUCAUCUACCUGUACUACGCACACAAACGAUACUAUCUUAACAUGAACAAUUCUUGUAUAUGGUUUUGCAGAUAUAGAAGAUGCUUCUGAUAAAGAAAGGGAUAAAGAAAGUGAUAAAGAAGUAGAGGAACAAGAAGAGGGUAGGUUCGGGUUCCUUGUUCAAAGUGGAGUUGAACAGUUUAUAAAUAUUCCAAAAACUAACACAGACGAAAAGUUACUAAAUAUGGUUGAAAAAUUGAGCAAGAAGGUAGAUAGAUAAUCUUGUCGCAGCAUCUGAAAAGAAUAAAACAAAAAUUACAGCAUUACCACCAUCACACUUCAGCGAAGAAAUGAGAAAAAGUUACACUCACAUGAAAGAAUGGAAACAAGUUAGGAAUAUAGUGGAACUAGUUAGCAGUGUAAAAGAUUUAGAGCUUUAUCCAAUGCCUAGUAAUGAUAAAGACGAGUAUUUUGAUGGAAGUGGUGCUAUUUUGAGGUGCGAAACGUGCUUUACUUUGCACAAAAACAGAGCAGGUAAGCUAACUCCUGCCAAAGCUGCUAAAAAGUUGGCAUCAGACUGCAAAAGUAUAUGUACUGGCAAAUAUAUUAGUCCUGAAACAAUGGCAUCCCUAAUGAACGGAGAAGGCGAAUACUGGCGUAAAUUGAAAAGUUCUAUUCUUCAGCACAUGAUAUGUGCUGAAGAUGGGCAAACUCACUUUAAAGCGCUAACUGCGCAAAGUGAAGAAAGAAAUUUAAGGAAAAUACAUUACGAAGCGGCAGAAACAAUGCUGAAGAGUACAUUGACGGCAGUAAAAGCUAAAUCUGCAGCUAUUCACUUUGAGGAGCAAAUUGCAUUUGCUUUCUCAGUUGGGGCCCAAAUAGGUCAAUGUGGCCAUUCAAGGUGAAGCAAACUUGUUCCUGAUAUGGUAAAGUGGUUACUCGCUGUGAUUAAUGAUAAAACACGAGCAGCGCUAACUAGUUGUCUUCCAAGUACUGGACUUCCUCCCCAUUAUUAUAUGGCCGUCGAUAAAGCCACAGUUAAUAAAAGAACAAAUCAAGGGGUAAUCAUAUGUCCUAGAAUCAAUGGGAUAAAAACGGAAAUGUACAAGGAGGCAAAGCUAAUGAAUCCGCGAAGCAAGCCCUAGAUCAAAUCUCUAAAAAAUUUGGAGACAAAACGCUUGAUUAUUUAGUGGGUAAGUUUAUAUUACAAAAAUUGUCAUUGAUAGAUAAUGUAACUUCCUUCAAAGUACUUUCCUUCUUUUUGUGAGCUUGCAAGUAGUCAUAUUUUCUCACUUGUCAACUUUCAGGCAUUUCUGCUGACGGGGUUUACCAGGCGAGUGGCUUCGUUGAAACUGUAAGUCAAAGUUUAAAGGAAGGAAGUUCAUUUAUAAGGCAGGUUUCUUGGGAUCCGUCGCAUUGGAUGAAUCUGGCAAUCACCGAUAUUAAAGAAGAUAAGACAGGGUCAUCGCAAGAAUUCUUUUCCUUGUUUAUCAAAAGAACUAACAAGUUUGCAGAAAAUUUAAAUCGAGGAAAAGGUUCUGUCUUUUUUCGAUUGAAUUUGCCUGGACCCUUAUGCAUGUGGACUCUUCAUUACUCCAUUAGCCUUUAAAAUUGUGCCUGUGUUAAGUAUUGACGUUUGUCGUUUUAAUAUUUUAAUGACGUUAGAUUUGAAUGUUUGAUAGGACGGAGUAUCUUAGAAUCUACUGCAAGGCAGCUUGGUGUAAAACCUCCUGUAGCAACUGUGUACUCUCAAACGAGAUUUGCCAGUUCGGCAUAUGUACAGUGGGAAAGGGUUGUGAAAUCAUAUAAGCUGUUUGCUGAAGCAAUGACCAAUGCAUCAUCAGCAAUCAAUGGAAGAUGA